GAAUAGGGUGAAUGGAGGAGUAGGGUUAGCCAUCGUCGUUGUGAGGUGAAGAAAGACUGUCGGGAGCGAUACCUCGAAAGGAGGUCGUGAGCGGCUGACGGAGUAAGCCUUCCCGCCCGCCAUGUCGUUGCACGGGAAGCGCAAGGAGAUCUACAAGUACGAGGCGCCAUGGACCGUCUACGCCAUGAACUGGAGCGUCAGGCCUGACAAGCGAUUUCGACUUGCCCUAGGCAGCUUCGUAGAAGAGUACAAUAAUAAGGUUCAGCUUGUUGGGUUGGAUGAAGAAAGCUCUGAAUUCAUUUGCAGAAAUACUUUUGAUCACCCCUAUCCUACUACCAAGCUCAUGUGGAUACCAGAUACCAAAGGAGUUUAUCCAGACCUUUUGGCAACCAGUGGUGACUAUCUGCGUGUGUGGAGAGUGGGUGAAACAGAGACCAGGCUAGAAUGUCUGCUGAACAACAAUAAGAAUUCUGAUUUUUGUGCUCCACUGACCUCCUUUGAUUGGAAUGAAGUGGAUCCUUAUCUGUUAGGUACUUCUAGCAUUGACACAACUUGUACUAUCUGGGGUUUGGAAACUGGUCAGGUCUUGGGAAGAGUGAAUUUAGUGUCUGGCCAUGUCAAGACUCAGUUGAUUGCCCAUGACAAAGAGGUUUAUGAUAUUGCAUUCAGCCGUGCAGGAGGUGGGAGAGACAUGUUUGCUUCUGUUGGUGCUGAUGGCUCAGUGAGGAUGUUUGACUUAAGGCACUUGGAACAUAGCACUAUUAUCUAUGAGGAUCCUCAGCACCAUCCUUUGCUUCGCCUUUGCUGGAAUAAACAAGACCCUAAUUACCUUGCAACAAUGGCUAUGGAUGGUAUGGAGGUGGUGAUUCUAGAUGUCAGAGUUCCUUGUACACCAGUUGCCAGGCUGAAUAAUCAUCGAGCAUGUGUAAAUGGUAUUGCUUGGGCACCACAUUCUUCUUGCCAUAUCUGCACAGCAGCGGAUGACCAUCAAGCUCUCAUUUGGGAUAUCCAGCAAAUGCCUCGUGCCAUUGAGGACCCAAUUUUGGCUUACACAGCAGAAGGAGAAAUUAACAAUGUACAGUGGGCAUCAACUCAGCCGGACUGGAUAGCUAUCUGUUAUAAUAACUGUCUAGAAAUCCUGAGAGUGUAAAAAUAACUAGGCUAUGGGAAAUAAUGAAGCAGGAUGGUAGUCUUUCAGUCUUCUAGAGUUAAGAACAAAGCUGCAUUGAAACAGUGUCACUAGCUCUUAUUAACUUCUUCCAGGAAGACUUACAACUGGAGUUAAUGAGUAUAUAUGAUGAACUUCUACCCAUCGUUUCUCUCUCUUAACCUUCCCCACUCCAUGCCAAUGACUUAAAAAUACGGGGGUAUCUUUGGUGUUUUAGAUCGUCUCAGAUUUUAUCAACCUGUUCAAUUAAAGUUAUGUAUAUAUUAU